UCUAGGGUAUGACAAUUAUGGACUUAUCUAUAGUCAGUAUAGUAAAAAACUAUACGCUAGUAUGUUUCGAUUCAUAAGUAAGGCUGUCACGCUCAUAUCCAAACAUAACCUGUUAACCUUUUGUGUGAUGUAGUGAGAGAUUUUUGUCAUUCCAUUUUUUAAAUAAGAGAAUUAUUGUUAUAGUUGAUUUGACCUUGUUUGAAAAGAUAAUUAUCUUACUUCUACUCAUCUACAGUGAUUGGAAUAAUUUCAUCGAGACAUAAUGGCAUCAAAAAUAUUUUUCGAUCGUUGUUGUAAUCCAUUUGAUUGAGAAUCACAUUUUAAAAAAAAAAGUUUACGUCCAGCGACUGACAUCAUGAAAGUCACGUUGGGAUUAAGUGAUAAUUAUUUAUUAUGCAGUUCGUGUCGAAACAAAGCUUUAAAAUUGGUAAAGGAACAAACAAAUACUAGUAAUGAUACUACCGUUGAUGCAAGUGAUCAUGAAGAUGAUUCUAGUGAUAACAAUGAGAACAGUGAUGGUGCUGACAGUGAUAGUAACACAACUGCCACAGAUCUCCCGUUGUCCUCAUCAUUCCGUUCCUUGUCGUUUAAUAGUGAACCCAAAGAUUCACAAUCAAGCUCGGCAUCCCAAGUUAGUGCUGCAACUCAAUUACCCAGUAUAAACGAUGCAUUGCGACUAUUAAAUCAAUCGCCAAUUCCUUCAAAAAAAUUGAAUGAUUAUCAAUUUUUGAGUAAUAAAAUAAAUCAGACGUCUGACAGCUUGAAAAAAAUUUUGCUCUCAACUGCUGACGAAGGAUCAAUUGAUGACGAUGGUGAAAAUUUUCGUUCAUUAAUUGAAAAGCUGCACGAUAAAUUCAAUGAUAAAGAAACAGAAAAGUCUUUAAAGAUACAAAUCUUAACCUUGUUACCUGAAAAAUGGGGUGAAAGACGUAUUUGUAAAACUAUGAAUACAUCAAGACAUUUAUCAAGAGUAGCAAAAAAGUUGGUUGAAGAAAAAGGUAUACUUUCAACACCUGAAACAAAAUUAGGGACGACAAUUACUGAUCAAAUAUUAUUGAAAAUUGCGAAUUUUUACAACGAUGAUGAGUAUAGUGCUUUGAUGCCCGGCAUGAAAGACUUUGUUUCAGUUCGAAAUGAUGAUGGUAAUCGGGUACACGUCCAAAAACGGCUUGUUCUGUCUAAUUUAAAAGAACUUUACCAAUGUUUCCGUGAAAUAAACCCUGCAGAGAAAGUUGGAUUUUCGAAAUUUGCUUCGUUACGGCCGAAACAUUGUGUGUUAGCAGAAGCAAGUGGAACACAUACUAUCUGUGUAUGUACUAUCCAUCAAAACUUUAAGUUGACGAUGCUUGGUAAUUAUCCAAUUUAUUAA